UUCCCUUCUCAUGUAUCACUUUGGGCAGGCUUACUUCUGCUCUGCAUGCGAUCAAACCUCUGCUGCAAGCCCGGGAAGCCUUGGUGUUUCCUCACCUGGAAUCUGGCAUCUCCAUCUGACACCUGCUUUAACCUGAGUGCCGACUCUCUGGCAUCCUUCCUCACGUUGCUGCACAGUUAAAACCCAAACAUUUGGAGAACCUUUUAGAUGCUCCUAGACACGCGUGGCACAGAAUGGGGCGGGGGUGUGGAAAAGCAGGGAAUCCAGUCCACUCUAGAAUGCUGCAUAUUUGCAUGCCUAGAAAUCCUUCUCACUUUGAUCACCUUGGAAUUUUAGUAUUGGCUUGGAAGACGGCUGACUCUCUAGAAGACACCUUUUAAAAACGGCUUUUACAAGCCAAGCAGGAAAAGAGAAAAAAAUAGGGCCAGCGUUUUUAAGACUACGUUUACACCAAUAAUAUUAAUGCACGGGGCAGUGGCUAGUUGGAAAGGGGCUGGCAGACGAGGGACUACUUCCCCUUUGAAAGCAGGGGUGCAAGGAACCCACCAGCCUCCCCUGCCCCAGCACCAGCGGAAAUCAGUCGCCGGUUUAAAGCUGGCUUGUUGUUUGAUGUGCUGGCCUAUGGGGAGGGGAGCCAUAUUCUGGUUUGCUUUUUCCGUUUUUCUACUGAAGUGAUGGGAAAGGGCAAGCUCCAAGCCCCACGGCUGUUUCUCGGGAGACGGGCGUUUCUGGGUAGUGUCUGAAGGGUCUCGGCGUGGCUGGCAUUUUAACCCUUCAUUUUCUUUCUUGGACCCACGAUACAGCGUCGGCGGAGAUGAGAGCGUCAGCACCGUUACCACCCUGGCGAGGAUUUACCUGUCCAGGCCAGGAGGCUGGUGGACCUGAUGAAGAAUGACACGAGGAUACACUUUCAGGAAGAUUGGAAGAUAAUUACCCUGUUUAUAGGCGGCAAUGACCUCUGUGAUUUCUGCAGUGAUCCGGUCCACUAUUCUCCCCAGAACUUCACAGACAACAUUGGGAAGGCCCUGGACAUCCUCCACGCCGAGGUUCCUCGGGCAUUUGUGAACCUGGUGACGGUGCUUGAGAUCGUCAACCUGAGAGAGCUGUACCAGGAGAAGAAAGUCUACUGCCCAAGGAUGAUCCUCAGGUCUCUGUGUCCCUGUGUCCUGAAGUUUGAUGAUAACUCAACAGAACUUGCCACGCUCAUCGAAUUCAACAAGAAGUUUCAGGAGAAGACCCACCAACUGAUUGAGAGUGGGCGAUAUGACACAAGGGAAGAUUUUACAGUAGUCGUGCAGCCAUUCUUUGAAAACGUGGACUUGCCAAAGACCUCGGAAGGAUUGCCUGACAACUCUUUCUUUGCGCCUGACUGUUUCCACUUCAGCAGCAAGUCUCACUCCCGUGCAGCCAGUGCCCUCUGGAACAAUAUGCUGGAGCCUGUUGGCCAGAAGACGACACGUCAUAAGUUUGAAAACGAGAUCAAUAUCACAUGUCCGAACCAGGUCCAGCCAUUUCUGAGGACCUACAAGAACAGUGUGCAGGGUCAUGGGACCUGGCUGCCAUGCAGGGACAGAGCCCCUUCUGCCUCGCCCCCUACCUCAGUGCAUGCUCUGAGACCUGCAGACAUCCAAGUUGUGGCUGCUCUGGGGGAUUCUUUGACCGCUGGCAAUGGAAUUGGCUCCAAACCAGACGACCUCCCCGAUGUCACCACACAGUAUCGGGGACUGUCAUACAGUUCAGGAGGGGACGGCUUCCUGGAGAAUGUGACCACCUUACCUAAUAUCCUUCGGGAGUUUAACAGAAACCUCACAGGCUACGCCGUGGGCACGGGUGACGCCAGUGACAUGAAUGCAUUCCUCAAUCAAGCUGUUCCUGGAGCAAAGGCUGAGGAUCUUAUGAGCCAAGUCCAAACUCUGAUGCAGAAGAUGAAAGAUGACCAUAGAGUAAAUUUCCAUGAAGAUUGGAAGGUCAUCACAGUGCUGAUUGGAGGCAGAGAUUUAUGUGACUACUGCACGGAUUCGAAUCUGUAUUCUGCAGCCAACUUUGUUGACCAUCUCCGCGAUGCCUUGGAUGUCCUACAUAGAGAGGUGCCCAGAGCCCUGGUCAACCUCGUGGAUUUCUUGAACCCCAGUGUCAUGCGGCAGGUGUUCCUGGGAAACCCGGACAAGUGCCCAGUGCAGCAGGCCAGCGUUUUGUGUAACUGCGUUCUGACCCUGCGGGAGAACUCCCGAGAGCUGGCCAGGCUGGGGUCCUUCAGCCGAGCCUACCAGAGCAGCAUGCGUGAGCUGGUGGAGUCAGGCCGCUAUGACACACGGGAGGACUUUUCGGUGGUGCUGCAGCCCUUCUUCCAGAACGUCCAGCUCCCUGUCCUGGCGGAUGGGCUCCCAGAUACGUCCUUCUUCGCCCCAGACUGCAUCCACCCAAGUCAGAAAUUCCACUCCCAGCUCGCCAGAGCCCUUUGGGCCAAUAUGCUUGAACCACUUGGAAGCAAAACAGAGACCCUGGACCUGAGAGCAGAGAUCCCCAUCACCUGCCCCACUCAGAAGGAGCCCUUCCUGAGAACCCCUCGGAACAGUAACUACACAUACCCCACCAAGCCAGCCACUGAGAACUGGGGCAGUGACUUCGUGUGUACAGAGUGGAAGGCUUCCAAUAGUGUUCCAACCUCUGUCCACCAGCUCCAACCAGCAGACAUCAAAGUGGUGGCCGCCCUGGGUGACUCUCUGACUACAGCAGUGGGAGCUCGACCAAACAACUCCAGUGAGGGGUCUCUACCCACAUCUUGGAGGGGUCUGUCUUGGAGCAUCGGAGGGGAUGGGAACUUGGAGACUCACACCACACUGCCCAACAUUCUGAAGAAGUUCAACCCUUACCUUCUUGGCUUCUCUACCGGCACCUGGGAGGGGACAGCAGGACUAAAUGUGGCAGCAGAAGGGGCCAGAGCUAGGGACAUGCCAGCCCAGGCCUGGGACCUGGUAGAGCGAAUGAAAAACAGCCCCGACAUCAACCUGGAGAAAGACUGGAAGCUGGUCACACUCUUCAUUGGGGGCAAUGACUUGUGCCAUUACUGUGAGAAUCCGGAGGCCCACUUGGCCACGGAGUAUGUUCAGCACAUCCAACAGGCCCUGGACAUCCUCUCUCAGGAGCUGCCAAGGGCUUUCGUCAACGUGGUGGAGGUCAUGGAGCUGGCCAGCCUGUACCAGGGCCAAGGCGGGAAAUGUGCCAUGCUGCCAGCUCAGAACAACUGCACUUGCCUCAGACACUCUCAAAGCUCCCUGGAGAAGCAAGAACUGAAGAAAGUGAACUGGAACCUCCAAAAUGGCAUCUCCAGUUUCUCCUACUGGCACCAAUACACACAGCGUGAGGACUUCACAGUUGUGGUCCAGCCUUUCUUCCAAAACACACUCAUACCACUGAACGAGAGAGGGGACACUGACCUCACCUUCUUCUCCGAGGACUGUUUUCACUUCUCAGACCGUGGACAUGCCGAGAUGGCCAUUGCGCUCUGGAACAACAUGCUGGAACCAGUGGGCCGCAAGACUACCUCCAACAACUUCACCCACAGCCGAGCCAAACUCAAGUGCCCCUCUCCUGAGAGCCCUUACCUCUACACCCUGCGGAAUAGCCAGCUGCUCCCAGACCAGGCUGAAGAAGCCCCCAAUGUGCUCUACUGGGCUGUGCCAGUGGCGGCAGGAGUCGGCCUUGUGGUCGGCGUCAUCGGGACAGUGGUCUGGAGGUGCAGAAGAGGUGGCCGGAGGGAAGAUCCUCCAAUGAGCCUGCGCACUGUGGCCCUCUAGGCCCAGGGGUGGGUCCUCCCCAGCCACUGUCCUUACUGCCCCCGCCCCAGCCACUCCCAGCCACCAGGACAUGCUUCAACACCUGGUGCCAUAGGAAGCCCAGGGGAUAGUCACAGCUUCUCGGGGCCUGGGCUUCUUCCAGGCCUAUGCUCCUGGAAGGGGUACAUUUAAAUAAAGUUCAAAGCUGUUUUAUUCCUGGGUUUGCCUGUGUGAAGCACUUGCCUUUCAUCUCUUGUGCAGCCCAGGUGUGGGAACUGCCGCCUUUCGUGGCCUGCCUCCGGCAGGGCUGCCCAAGCCACGGCCAGUCAGAGCCCAAACUGCCUGCCACCACGAGCAUAUCCUCAAAUCACCAAACUCACUAUUUCAAAGGCAGAAAAAACACUGGUCACCAGGGGGUGGCUGGAAUUUUGGAGCUGGCUGGCCACCAUUCAGUCCAAUCCAACACAUACUUAUUAAGCAACUGUUUUGUGUCCAGGACAACGCGGAGCACUGAGGUGCCCCCUAAGCUGUGCAUGUCACAGCCUGGCCGAGAAGUCAAACUCCUUCAGUAACCAAGAAGCCAUGCAAUGAUGUGUAACUACUAGGGCAUCAGUAGGUCAAUGUGUCUCUUUGUUUUAAAGAAUAGAAAGGGUUCUUCGGGGACAGUUUCUUGGGAGAGCGCAGCUUUCACAUGUCAUUUUGAGAAAAAGGAAAAAAAAAAAUGAUUGAGACACAAA